AUGGCGUCCACAGGCAUGCAGAUAUUUGGAUUUGUGCUGGCGCUGUUGGGGAUCAUGGGUGCCAUGGUGGCCACUCUACUACCCAACUGGAAGGUGAGCGCCGACGUCGGCUCCAACAUCAUCACGGCCAUCUCCCAAAUGCAAGGACUGUGGAUGGACUGCACGUGGUACAGUACUGGAAUGUUCAGCUGCACACUGAAAUAUUCUGUGCUUUCACUUCCUGCGUACUUGCAAACUGCACGCACCACCAUGGUGUUGUGCUGCGUACUGGCAGCCAUGGGUCUCUGCUUGGCGUCCCUGGGACUUAAAUGCACACGCUGGGGUGGGGGUCGACGCUCCAAGAGGCACGCGGCCAUCGCCAGUGGCAGUUGCUUUGUUGCCGCUGGCUUUCUGUGUCUGGUGCCGGCGUCCUGGUUUACCAAUGAGGUCAUCACCAACUUCCUAGACUCCACUGUGCCCGAGAGCAAUAAGUUUGAGCCAGGGGGUGCCGUGUACGUGGCUUUCGUUUCUGCCGGGUUCCUCUUAAUGGGGGGCUCCAUCUUCUGCAUGUCCUGCUCGGGCAAAAGGCACGGCCCACAGGACCUUGUCUUGCUCCCCCCGCCAGACAAAUUGCUACUGCAGCAACAGCAGCAACAGCUGCUCCAACAACAGGAGCUCCAGCACCAGUAUUGCUCUCUUUCCCCGCUAGACAAUAAGACCGGCUACAGCCUGCAGGACUAUGUGUAG